UCUCCAGCAGGAACCUUUGUGUGUUGCAGCUGGUGAGGGGGGAGGUUUCUCUCUAUCUUUUCAGUAUACAGGCUCUUUUUUAACAGACAACACUUCUUCUGUCCUCAGUACCUUACAGAUCUAUUUUUACCUUAUUUUUAUGUGUGGGAGAAGGAGGUGAAAAGCUACAGCAUCCUACAUUUUCAAUCAUCUUCUUAAAUUAUAUUUAAUUCUGUUAGCAUCCAAAUGAUGUGUAUUUUUAUACUAUGUGAUUCUUCCCACCUUUAAAAUUACAGAUUUGUUUUAACAGCUACUGUACAAUGUGCUGAAUAUUGCAUCUUUAUUCAGAGCAGCGGGUGCUUAGUUUGGAAAAGAUGCAGUAGAAGUACACUAAACUAUAUAAUGCAGAGGUACUUCCAUUGUGAGCACCUUCCUCCAAGUAAUAGAAAUUGUUUUUUGCACUGAUAGAUCAAUUUUAUUUAAAAAAAAAAAAAAUGCAGUACCAGAUAUUGGUUUGGACUGUUAAAACAUGCCUAACAGCUUAGAACUGGGAGUUCUGCACUACUGGUAGUUGAACAUUUACUUUUCUGGCUGUAAAAUAGCCAAAUAUGUAUCUUAACUGUCAAAAAAUCUUUGCCAUGGACAUACCUUGGGGCAUUGUAUACUUUUUAUUUUUGUUCCUGUCUCACGCCGGUCACAUCUGUUUCAGCACAGCCAGUCAAGAUGUAGAUGAAUGUGUCGAUGGAACAGACAACUGUCACAUAGAUGCAAUCUGUCAGAACACCCUACGUUCGUACAAGUGCAGUUGCAAGUCUGGAUAUACAGGGGAUGGAAAGCACUGUAAAGAUGUGGAUGAGUGUGAGCGGGAUGAUAAUGCAGGGUGUGUACACGAGUGUGUAAAUAUUCCUGGCAACUAUCGGUGCAUGUGUUAUGAUGGAUUUCGACUAGCAAACGAUGGACACAACUGUCUGGAUUUGGACGAGUGCAUGGAGGGCAAUGGAGGAUGCCAGCAGACAUGUGUCAACAUGAUGGGGAGCUAUGAAUGCCGCUGCCGUGAAGGGUUUUUCUUGAGUGACAACCAACACACCUGCAUCCAGCGCCCAGAAGAAGGUAUGAACUGCAUGGACAGGAACCAUGGCUGUGCGCAUAUUUGCAGAGAAACCCCAAAAGGCGUGUCCUGUGAAUGCCGACCAGGGUUUGAGCUAACAAGAAAUCAGAGAGACUGUAAAUUGACCUGUAACUAUGGUAAUGGUGGCUGUCAGCACACGUGUGAUGACACAGAUCAUGGUCCUCGAUGCGGUUGUCAUAUCAAGUUUGCACUACACUCUGAUGGCAAGACUUGUAUUGGGGAGAAACGCUCCGAUCAGACCCCUAGUGCCCCGAUCUUUGCCAAUGAAAGCUGCUCAGUGAAUAAUGGUGGCUGUGAUAGUCGGUGUCAUGAUGCAUUAACAGGUGUGCAUUGCAGCUGUCCUAUGGGCUUCAUGCUACAAUCAGACAGGAAGACCUGCAAAGAUAUUGACGAAUGUCGUGUAAACAAUGGUGGCUGUGAUCAUAAUUGCCGUAAUUCGGUUGGAAGCUUUGAAUGUGGCUGUAAAAAGGGAUAUAAACUGCUGAUUAAUGAACGAGGCUGCCAAGACAUUGAUGAGUGUUCCUUCGAUAGAACAUGUGAUCACAUAUGUGUCAACUCCCCUGGGGGCUUUCAGUGUUUAUGUCACAAGGGCUACGCUCUAUAUGGCCUCACACACUGUGGAGAUAUAGAUGAAUGCAGCAUCAACAAAGGGGGCUGUACAUUUGGUUGCCUCAAUUUUUUAGGGGGAUUUGAAUGCACAUGUCCUCCUGGCUUUAAACUACAUUGGAAUCGGAGAGAUUGCUUAGAUAUGGUGAAGUGUGCCAAUAGUGGCAUAACCUCUCGUGUCUCUAUGACUUGCUCUCGCAAUGGAAAGAAGGAUAAUUGCUCUCUCACUUGUAUCUCGAAGACCUUGUUGCAGCCAGAAUCUGACAGCAGUUACACCUUCAGCUGUGGAGCCCCAACAUUGAAACAUGGAGUCUCCUCUAAGCAGAACACUAGCCAGCACUGCAUUGAGACUCUGGUACCACCAGUAAAACAGAAGGCAUCCUUCAAACUUAAAGAUUCCAGAUGUGGCCUGAGAGUGCGUGGCAGAUCAACAAGAGGGGAGGAAAACACAAGACAUGGAAGUGCUCCCGCACUGUGCUCAGACUGCCAAUUGACAUAUAUCCAUCUGAAAUGUGACUCUUCCUGGAAGGCUAGAGGCCGUAGCUCACGCUCUGCAGUCAAUAAGGAGGUUACUAGGAUCUCACUAGAGCUGGAAGCUGAAGUUAAACUGGAGGAUGCCACAGCGAGCUGUGGGCUAACAUGUCUCCGCCAGCGCCUGGAACGCAAGAUUAAAUCCAUUUUGAAAUCUUUGAGGAAGUCUAUUAAUCAGGAGCGAUUUGUAAUUCGCUUAGCAUCUGUAGAGUAUGAAGUGGCCCAGAAGGGAGCCACAGGAAUCGAGAGGGGAGAAAACUGCGCUCCUGGACAACAACGCAUGUGGGGCAGAUGUGCCAGCUGCUCUCCUGGUACAUAUUACCAUGGCCAAUUGGAUCAGUGUCAGAUUUGCCCCCACGGUACCUUCCAGGAGAAAGAGGGACAACUGUUAUGUAACUUGUGCCCAGGAGCUGAACCUACAGGUCCAAUAGGAGCUCCCAGCAUCUCAGCUUGUUCUGGUCACUGUCCUUCAGGACAGUUCUCCAUAGAUGGGUAUAAACCAUGCCAAUUAUGCCCAAGUGGCAUGUACCAACCGGAGGUUGGGCGAACACAGUGUAUCCCAUGUGGAGGGGGACUGAGCACCAGACAUGAUGGAGCCUUAUCGUUCCAAGACUGUGAAACUAAGGUUCAGUGCUCUCCAGGCCAUUACUAUAACACAACUCUACACCGUUGUAUCCGCUGCAUGACUGGCUUUUAUCAGCCUGAAUUCCGGCAGAACUACUGCAUCGCAUGCCCUGGAAACUCCAGCACAGACUUUGAUGGCUCCACCAGUAUCGCCCAGUGCAAGAACCGGCACUGUGGAGGGGAACUAGGGGAGUACACUGGUUUUCUAGAGUCACCAAAUUACCCAGGAAACUACCCUUCCAGUGUGGAAUGUACCUGGAAUAUCAGUCCUCCCCCCAAACGAAAAAUUUUGCUAGUGGUACCUGAGAUUUUCCUGCCCUCUGAAGAUGAGUGUGGAGACCUUCUGGUUAUGCGCAAGAAUGCUUCCCCUUCUUCCAUCACUACCUAUGAGACUUGUCAGACAUAUGAACGGCCAAUUGCCUUCACAGCACGUUCACGUAAACUCUGGGUCCACUUUAAAAGCAAUGAAAUCAACAGUGCCCGUGGUUUCCAGGUGCCAUAUGUGACAUAUGAUGAGGAUUAUGAACAGCUAGUAGAGGACAUCGUGCGAGAUGGAAGAUUAUAUUCUUCUGAAAACCACCAAGAAAUUCUGAAGGAUAAGAAGUUGAUUAAGGCCUUUUUUGAGGUCCUUGCACACCCUCAAAAUUACUUCAAAUACACAGAAAAACAUAAGGAGAUGUUACCACGAUCUUUCAUCAAACUUUUGCGUUCCAAAGUCUCUGCCUUCUUGCGGCCUUAUAAGUAAUAUGGACUAAUGCAGCGUUGGAGACAAAGGACAUCAGCAUAAAUGCACAAACAUAUAGUAUGCAAAGAGGACCCUAGUAAUUUCAGUAUUGGCAAAAGGAGUUCCCAUAACCUACAAUCAGAUUAAACAUGACAAACACAUUGACAAAAUGUGCCUGCAUAUGUCAACCAAAGAUUGGCAGCUCGCCACAAGCCACAUUUAAGGUUGUGACUGUGUAGGCCUGUCAAUGUCCUUUUGUGCCCUUAUAUGUCAUUUUUUACAAUUGGACAAAAACCCAAAAAAUCAUAUAUGCACAAGAUCACCUUGAUACUCAUUGAAAAUCAAAACAGCGACAGCUUUCUGGAGUCAUAAUUACUGUGGGGAAAAACACUUCAUGUUCUUGGUCAACCUCAGAAACAAAGUAUACUUUCUCCAGGAUCCAGAAUUUGUUUUUGUUUUUUUUGUUUUGUUUUUCUAGAAAACCUUCCUCUUUCUGUUAGGAACUUGGAACUGAAGCUGAUUCACUGAGUAAAAACUGUUGAAUGUAGAAUAAUAUAUGCAUUCUAAUUGCCUUAGGACUGAUGCGUAAUGAAAACGUUUCUACAAAUAAUUAAGAACUUCAUCAAUAAUCCUUGUUAAACAUGGCCUCCUCAUUACUGCUUCCAGCACAUUGAACUCUAAAUGGCAAAUGCUAGAUUUUUUUAAAAUAUUUCUGGUACAAACCUGUGACAUGAAAGUCCAUGACAACAACUUGUAUUCUUCAUGUGUGCUCAGAAAACGUUAUUCCUGUGAUAUUGCGAUCUUUCAUUUUCUUAACUGGCGAAAUUCAUAAAUGAUUUCUCUGGAAAUAACCAUUGAAAGCUCAAGAUUUCCAGUGGCAAAAAAAACGUGUGGACAGUUUCUGUGUAACCAGGACACAUGGAGUAGACCUGGCACCUGCCUAUUGCCAAAUAGUACUAAUGAUGUUUAUAAACACUGACUGUUAAUCUAUUCAUCAUCUCUUGUUUAAUACCUGUCGUCAUCAUCAUGGAGCUUGCCUAUUUAGCUGUCAGUCUUCUUAAUGCAAAGUGUUAGGUGUUAGUGGGAUAUACCAUAAAACUUUUUGUGAGAAGAUUAUGCAUACUUCAAUUAAAUUAAAUAAGUGAUUAAAAAUGACUAAAAUGAUGGCAACUAUGGAUUGUUCAGAGGGACUAUAAUCUUACUACGAACAUUAAUGUAACUGGCACUGUAAAGGGAAAUACUGUAAUACCCUUUUCAGACAGAAAUCCCGGCAAUUACCUGGCAUUUCAGUGCCGGGUCGUUUUGCCGGUCUCUGCCUGACCCCCGACCCCCGUUCACACAGAGAAGCAAAUUACCAGGUCAAGUAUUUCUACCCAGUAAUUUGCGGGUAGAACUUCUUCACCCGGGAAUUUCAUUUUCUGUGUGAAAGGGGUAUUAGUGAUGGUACAAGGCAGAAAAGCAAGUGUAAAAUAUAGGGGAAUAUAUACAGUAUGAGGAGUUUUAUCAACAUCAGGCAGUUUGGAGUUACAAAUCACCAACAUUUUUCUACUGUUAAAUAAUGAUGGCUCUACAUUUUACCAUGUAUAAAUAAAGUUUGCACUAGACAAUU